UCCUCCCGUCCUCUUUUUUUCUUGCUGAAAUAUGGUAACCCUAGUGUUGAUGGGGCUUUGAAAUCACCCAGAAGCCCUGUUGGCUAGCUACAAAAGCUGUGUUUGAGUGUAGAAAGCAAGCAAGCAAGGACUAUAUUCUGUUACCCCUCUGGCCUGCAAAGGCCCCCUGAAGGAGCCAUCGCGUGACUGGAUUUCUCAGAUUCAGAGUCGCUUGUAAAAACUUGAUUCUUUUUUAUGCAGCAUCUUGAAGCAUUCUUGGUAUCUUUUUUUCCCCUGCUCCUAAACAGCUUGGGUGUGCAGGAAUUUUUACAUUAACCUGCAGGUAAGAAUGGCACCCACUUGCAAGAUUCAAAGAAUCAAGCAGGACUGUAUGGCCGUGCUUUGAGCUAAUUGGAUAUUGAUGUUCAUGGGGAGUGAGCUAAUCAUUUGUUCAGACUGAGGCACUAGGAACAGAAUGCUGCCCUGGGGACUCCCACCAGCCAGCUUACCAGCAGAGUGUGCAGGGGGAAGGGGUGGAGAGAUUAUUGAAAGGCUUAGGAGGUAAACUGGACCAUGUUCAGCCAGUCUGGAUAUCAAGCUCUUCCACUGGGGGACUUUGACCGUUUCCAGCAGUCCAGCAUUGGAGUCUAUGGAUCUCAGAAGAGCUUAUUUUCCUUUGGGCAUGUGCAAGACCCAUGGGACCAUGUCCCGCAAAUGAAAGGUUCCUCCCAGGGCUGGCUGUCAUGGAUUUGCCAUGGGAUUGUCACUUCUUUGGCCUUCCUGCUGAUGGUCAUCACCUUCCCCAUCUCUGGAUGGUUUGUCUUGAAAAUAGUCCCUGCCUACGAGUCCCUCCUAUUCCGCUUGGGCCGGAUCCGAGCCCCCCAGGAGCCAGGCAUGGUCCUGCUGUUGCCGUUCAUAGAUCACUGGCAACUAGUAGACUUGAGGACAAGAGCCUUUAAUGUGCCACCGCGUAAGCUGACCUCCAAGGAUGGAGCCGUGAUCAGCGUGGGGGCUGAUAUCCAGUUUCGGGUGUGGGAUCCAGUGCUGUCUGUCAUGAUGGUGAAGGAUCUGAAUGCAGCCACCUGAAUGAUGGCCCAAAACGCCAUGACCAAGACCCUGCUGAAGAAGAACCUGAGGGAGAUCCAGAUGGAAAAGCUGCGGAUUGGGGACCAGCUCCUGCUUGAAAUCAAUGACAUGACCAAGUCUUGGGGCCUGGAAGUGGAUCGGGUUGAGCUGAUUUUGGAGGCAGUGCUGCAACCCUCCCAAGAGAGUCUGUCCGGACAUCUGACCAUGACACCCCUGAUCCCUGGGUUUGAAGGACUAGAUAGCACCAUUCAUCAGCUGGCUGCUCACUUCUUUAGCAACAGCAUGGCGGUGGCAGCAGCAGCUAGUCAUGAGACAGCAGACAGCGUGGUGACAGUGAAUGAGGCAGAACCACCAGCUCCUACCAUCACCACCACCACCACCAGUAGCAGCAGCAGGAGGAAACCUAGCCCUGAGGAGUUGCUGUCAGCUGUGGAGCUGUUCCUGUCUGUGUCCUUGGUUGGUGCAGUUGGAGCUUCCUACCAGUUCAACAUCAUACUUCUGAGUGGUGCCUGGAGCACCUACUUCAUAGAUCUCACUGCAGGCAGCCCUAGCAGAACCCAUCAAUCAGCCUGGAGAGUACUCAGGCCCAGUGGGAGGUACCUGGUUCUGACACCUUGCUGGGAGAUCUUUGAGCUGAGGAGUUGUGAGCCAGGGUCUGAGGUGAGAUCUUAUUAAAGGAGACAAAUUUACUCUGCUUAGCUUGUUUUUUGGCUUGCACUUGUCCAGAUCCUUUAUGAGGAAUGUUUUGAUACCAACUGGGGAAUAUAAGAUAGAGCUAACCUGCAGUGUCACAUCCAGCCACAAAAGGGUGCACAGGGAUGGCACAUAGCUUUACAUUUCCCAUGAUCCCACACUGUUCCAUGACCAUGCCUUGCAUGGCAAUGAUGCAUCAUGGGAGAUGAAAUCCAGCCUGGCUGGCACAGGAAGAAUAGGAGCAUGAAGCACCUGAACUACAUACAACUCCUAUCAGGCACCGCAGCAGCAUUUCCAAAUAAAAGUAUUUUGGUUUUGCAGCUGAAAAUAUUCCAGUUUUUGGGCACUUGGUGGUUCAACAAAAAAUCAGUUCUCUGUGGAGAGCAAAAACCCAAUAUUCCUUCAAAAAAAAAUUUAGAUGGAAAAUUUUACAUACAGAAAUAUGUCUCCUGCCCAUCUCCAUAACGAGCAGUGACGGUGGUGUGGGAUUGCUAGUUGUUGUCCACCUCUAGUCCAAGGUGGCAGGAAGACGCUCCCCUCCAAUGGCUGCUUAGCCUAAAGCACAUUGUCUGGGUGAUCUCCACUUCCUAGCUGAUGGGCAGCCAUGUUGCUCAGUAACCCACCAGCAUCCUAGACAUUAACUGGCACCUUUGUUGGUGCCCUCAGCAGAGAGGGUGUGGAGGAGGACAUCCCUUCCCAUCUGGGAUGCUACUGGAGCAGUGUAGGGAGAAGCUUGCCCUACUGCUGGAGGGAGGGGACUGUCCCCUUUCACCAGCGUUAAAUUCACUUCAUUAAACAAACCAAACACAAAGGGCUCUUGGAACAUUACUGGAACAUUACUGCAAGGCAUGCCGAGGUGUGACUCUACAGCACACUAGCUUGCCACAGUGCAGCAUCCCUAUGUGGACAUUGCUACGGCGCAUUAAAAAUCCCAGAAUGUGCGUAGAUUCACACCCUGGCUUGCCAUGCAGUAACUUCCACAUAGACAAGCCCUGUUCUCUAACUGCUGAUUUUUGCACCCGUGAUUUGCAAGUGAAAAAUGGUGCCUUUGAAAACAAAAGCAUUUCUAAAACUUUGGGCCACAGAAUCUAUACAGGAGGGGCAGAGAAGGAGAUUUUGGGAAUGUCCUAGACUAAGGAUCCCUAGAAGUUCUUGAACUUCCCUGUACAUGUUGUUAGAAUUCAGUGGUUGGUCUAAUUUGUGCUUCAAAGUGAUUUGCAUGCUUUUGAUUAGCUAUAUAUGUGGGUGUGUAUAUGUGUAUAUGUACAUAUAUUUAUUUUGUAAGUUCCUCUAAAUUAAUUCUUGAUCUACAAUAAACAUGUUACAUAUACCUA